ACAUGGACAUGGUUUGUAUUUUAAAUUCACUCUACAAGAGAAAAACGCUGACAAAGGAAACGACAAAUGGAGCUCAUCGUCUUACUAUAACUAUUUAUAGAUUAAUAAGAAGCAAACAAACUCCAACACAAGCCUAAGAGAAAUCUCACAUCAUGGAGCUAAACACUUCAUCAACACUCAUAGCUCUACUUUCCUUCCUCUUUCUCUUCAUCUUUCUCAAAUAUGUAACAAUCACAAAAUCCGCAAACCGCUACUCACACAUCCCAACUCCCAAAACCCUCCCUCUCAUCGGAAACCUUCACCUCAUGCUCGGCACCGACGCCCCCCACCGCCUCUUCCGGGAGCUCGCCGCCAAGCACGGCCCCCUCAUGCACCUCCAGCUCGGCGAGAUCCACUUCAUCAUCGUCUCGUCCGUGGAUCUCGCCAAGCAGGUGCUCAAAAUCCACGACAUCAACUUCGCCAACCGGCCCCCGGGGGUGGCGCAGGACGUCCUCGCCUACAACAUGACCGACGUCGUGGCCGCCCCCUACGGCGACUACUGGCGCUUGCUGCGGAAGAUCUGCACGCUCGAGCUUCUGAGCACGCGGCGCGUGCAGUCCUUCCGCUCCAUAAGAGAAGAGGAGAAUCUGAAUCUUUGCAGAUACCUCGCUUCCUGCGGGGGAUCGCCGGCGAAUCUGUCGGAGAAGAUCCAUCUGUCGUCGUACGACGUGAUCACGAGGGCGGCGGUGGGGACGAGAACGACGGGGCGCGUGAUGGAGAGUUCGGUGAUUUCAGAGAUUUCGGAGGUGGGGUCGGGAUUCAUGACCGCCGAUUUCUAUCCUUCCGUCAGAUCACUGCGGUGGAUCACCAUAGCGCCGUACAAGAUCCAACACAUUCGCCGCAAAUUGGACAAGCUGUUCGACAGCAUCAUCGAGGAGCAUAAAUCAAACAGAGAUAAGGAUGCCAAGUAUGAAGAUUUUGUGGAUGUUCUCCUUCAGAUUCAAAAAGACGGGAGUAUAACUACUGACAACAUCAAAGCAGUGCUCGUGGAUGUGUUCAGUGCUGGAACUGGCACGUCAGCCACAGCCACAGAGUGGGCAAUGACAGAGUUGAUGAAAAACCCUAGCACACUCACCAAGGCUCAAGAGGAAGUAAGAAGGGUUUUCGACGACAAGGGAUACGUGGACGAAGACAAGUUCGAGGAGCUCAAAUACCUCAAACUGAUCAUCAAAGAGACACUGAGAUUCCACCCGCCAACGCCGCUUUUAAUCCCCAGAAUCAACACAGAGAGAUGCGAAAUCAAUGGAUACGAGAUCCCAGCAGGGACCAGUUUGAUCGUGAAUGCGUGGGCACUGGGAAGAGACCCCGAGUAUUGGAACGAUCCGGAGAAGUUUAUACCGGAAAGAUUUGAGGAAAGCGCCGUUGAUUUCAAAGGGAACGAUCUGCAAUACUUGCCCUUUGGUUCGGGAAGGAGAAUGUGCCCCGGCAUAAUCUACGGCCUCGCGAACGUCGAGUUCAUUCUUGCGACGCUUCUCUAUCAUUUCGAUUGGAAGUUGCCGAAAGGGAUGAAAAUUGAUGAAUUGGAUGUGGUGGAGGCAUUUGGCUCGAGUCUAAAAAGGAAAAAUCCUUUGCUUUUGAUUCCCGUUUUGAAGCGGCCUUUGCGUGCGUGAUGUGUCAAUGGCUGGCUUCUCUAUUCUCGUAUGUGUGAUUAGUGUAACUGUAAUAAGUCAUCGGUUAUGGCGAGUCGGAUCCUCUAUUCAAGCAAUAAAUUCAUUCCCGUGUCA